AUGGAUGGGGGUAGCAGCCUCAACAUCCUAUAUGUUGAGACCUUCGACGCCAUGGGCGUCUCGCGGUCCAAGCUCCACACUUCCAUCUUCCCCUUCCUUGGGAUCAUCCCAGGCAUGAGGGCGUACCCCUUGGGGAAUAUAGAGCUGCCCAUCAUGUUCAGCGACUGCAGCAACUUCCGCACUGAGACCCUGAUCUUUGAGAUAGUGGAUUUUGAGGGGUCGUACCACGCCAUCCUCGGGCAUCCGUGCUACGCCAAAUUCAUGGCGGUCCCCAAUUCCACCUACAUCAAGCUAAAGAUGCUGGGGCCAAACGGCGUCAUCACAGUUAGUGGCUCUUUCGAGCAGGCGUACGCUUAUGGUCCCAAGCAUUUCGAGCUCGCCACCGCCAUCGCCAACUCCGUCGAGCUCCAAAAGCUUCGCCGGACCGUGGCGGAGGGCGCCCUCAACUCCAACGAGCCGACUUCGUCCAGCGCCUUCCGCCCGAUCGAGGACACCAAAGCGAUCGGCGUCGACCCCAACGACCUGACCAAGACCGUGUGGAUCGGGGCCCUGCUUCUGGCCAAAUAG